AUGCGUCUUAGCUUCUUGUUCUGUGGCCUCGUCGCCGCUUUGGCUCAGGCACAGCCUCUUCUUAAUCCCCGUGCCGAAAAGCCACCAUAUUUCAUUGUGACUGGUGACUCAACCACCAACAAGGGAACUGGCUGGGGAGAAGGUUUCAUCAGUAAUGCCCAGAAUGGCGCGGACGGCGUGAUUCGCUCCAAGGGAGGAACAACUACUGUCACCUUCAAGACUGGCGGCUGGUGGGACAAGGCCAUCCAGUCUGUGAAGGACAACAAGGACAAGUACCGUCCCAUCGUCACCAUACAGUUCGGACACAAUGACCAGAAGGCGGAUGCCGGAAUCUCUCUCAGCCAGUUCCAAAACAAUAUGAAGAAGCUAGCAGAAGAGGUCAAGAGUGCAGGCGGAACCCCAAUCAUUGUUACCUCUCUAGCCCGUCGUGUGUUCCAUGAAGGGAAAGCCAGCGAGAAUCUCAAGGAUUGGGCAGACGCAGCCAAGGCGGCGGCCAAGGCAGCGGGGGCGAAAUAUCUGGACCUCAACCGUGCCAGCACCGACUACCUGAACAAAAUCGGAGAGACGAAUGCUGCAAAGUACGACAAAAAGUCUGGAGACAAGACUCACUUGAAUGCCGCGGGGAGCACAGUCUUUGGCCGGAUUGUGACUGAUUUAAUGGGCGAGGCGAGGCCGGAUUUGAAGACGUAUCUUAAGGCAAAUAAGAAGUUGAGUGACAAGAUUGCCAAGGGGGAGUUUGCUACUGGUAACGAGUAA